CACCGUCCACAUCACCAUCGCCCUCAACCUCAACCUCAACCUCACCCUCCCCCAAUUGUAUUUCCACUUAUUAAUUUGUUUCCCACUCGAUCGCCCGUGGCAGAAAAAUCUCUAAGCAUAGGAUGGCUCAGGCUAUGGCCUCGAUGGCUGGCUUACGCGGCUCCUCCCAGGCUGUCUUGGAGGGCAACCUCCAGCUCAGCGGCUCCGCCCGCUUGAACGCCGCCACCGGCCCCAGAAUUGCAUUGCCCCGCCUAGGCUUUGCCGUUAGAGCCCAGCAUGGCUCCGCGUCCGCCGAGACCGAGACUAGCCGCCGGGCGGUGCUGGGUCUUGUCGCCGCCGGCCUAGCAUCUGGUUCCUUCGUUCAAGCUGUGCUCGCCGCCGCCACUCCCAUCAAGGUCGGACCUCCUCCGCCACCUUCCGGUGGUCUGCCUGGGACAUUGAAUUCCGACGAGCCAAGAGACCUGGAUCUGGCGUACAAGGACCGAUUCUUCCUGCAACCACUGCCUCCGGCGGCGGCGGCGGCGAGGGCGAAAGACUCUGCAAAAGACAUUCUUAACGUGAAGGGGUUGAUCGACAAGAAGGCCUGGCCUUACGUCCAAAACGACCUUCGCCUCAAGGCAGAGUACCUGCGCUAUGACCUCAACACUGUCAUUUCCGCAAAGCCCAAGGACCAGAAGAAGCCCCUCCAAGAUCUCACUGGCAAGCUCUUCCAGACCCUCAGCGGACUGGACCAUGCUGCAAAGAUCAAGAGCACCCCUGAAGCAGAGAAGUACUAUGCUGAGACUGUUAGCGCACUCAAAGAUGUGCUUGCCCAGCUUGGUUAAAGGGAUCUAAUGAACUGUUUGUGCAUGUAAUUUUAAGCUUUGCACCUAAUUUAUGAGACACUUCUGUUUGAUCA